GGAGGAGUAAUUUAAAACUUUGCACUCACCGGUUUGUACAAUUUCUUACACGAGAAGGGGGCAGCUAAAGAGCCCUCUCCAUCUCCCUCUCCAUCUCCCCCUCCCUCUCCUUCUCUCUGCAAUCUAUAACAAGAGAGAUCUUCUUCUGCUGUCAACCAUUACACAUAAAUCUUCUUCUCUUCCAUCGCCUCUCUUUCUCUCCCUUCAAUCUUCAUCAUCUAACACGAAAAAAGACUCGUUUUAUAUAACUAUAAUCAUCAACACUGAAUUGCCGAAAGGGGGCGUCGCUCGCCCUCUCAUCUUGUUUCUUAUGCCUCUAAUCAGAUCUUAGAUUUUCGAUCGCUUUUGUUACUUGGACUUGUGCUUUUGUGUGUUGAUCAAGUAUCGAUCUGUGGGAGAUCCGAUGCUUUUUGAUUGAUUCCAAGAAUACCCAUUUCUCAGUUACAAAGAAUCCGCAAACUUUCUGAAUGGAAAUGGAGCAUGGGAAGCUGUUCAUCGGUGGAAUCUCAUGGGACACAAAUGAAGAACGAUUGAAAGAGUAUUUCGAAACUUUUGGUGAAGUAAUUGAAGCCGUAAUUAUGAAGGAUCGAACCACAGGUCGUGCCCGUGGGUUCGGUUUUGUUGUUUUCUCUGACCCUGCUGUUGCUGAAAGAGUCGUCAAAGAAAAACACACCAUUGAUGGUAGAACUGUGGAAGCAAAAAAGGCAGUUCCAAGAGACGAUCAACAAAUCCUGAACAGAAGCAAUGGGAGCAUUCAAGGUUCACCGGGUCCCACACGAACAAAAAAGAUAUUCGUAGGAGGAUUGGCAUCAUCAGUAACUGAAAGCGAUUUCAAAACCUAUUUUGACCAAUUUGGAAUAAUCACUGAUGUGGUUGUGAUGUAUGACCAUAAUACCCAAAGGCCAAGAGGUUUUGGAUUCAUCACAUAUGAUUCAGAGGAAUCAGUUGAUAAGGCGUUGCUUAAAACAUUCCAUGAACUGAAUGGGAAAAUGGUGGAAGUGAAACGAGCUGUUCCAAAAGAAUCUUCUCCUGGACCUAACCGUGGUCAGAGUCAGAUAAGUGGUGGGUUUAACUAUGGUUUAAGUAGGGCUAGUAGUUUUCUUAACGGGUAUACUCAGGGUCAGGGGUAUAAUAGUCCAAGUUAUGGUGGAAGAAUGGAUGGUAGGUUUAGUCCUGUGACUGUUGGGAGGAAUGGGUUUCCGCCUUUUAGUCCCUCCACCUAUAAUAAUUUAGGCCUCAAUUCCGAUUCCAUUUUGGGUAUCAAUUAUGGAAAUGGAAAUGGAAAUGGAAAUGGAAACUUUGGGUCUAAUCUUGGAUACCCACGUGCAAUUAGUCCUAUGUAUGGUGUGGGUUCGAAUAGGUAUGGUGAUCCGAUUGGGUAUGGCGGCAAUGGCGGCGGUGGUGGUGGUGGUGGAAAUGGUUCUGUUUUGAACUCGAACCAUAGCAUGUGGGGGAAUGGAAGCCAGUCUUUUGCUACAAAUUCUUCUCCAAAUCUAAGCAACUUUUUGGCUCCGGGAAGUGCAUCUGGCGGGAUUGGAGCGAUUUGGGGAAAUUCCGGUGGUGGUGGUGGUGGUGGUGGUGGUGGAAAUGGUGGUUUUAUUGGUGGUAAUCUUGGGUAUGGAAGUGAAGAGAGUGGUAUUGGGUAUAGGAGGAACAAUGGUAAUGGUAUUACACCAGGCUAUUCAUAUGGUGUGAUUGAUGAUGGUGAAAUUGGUGGUGGUGGUGGCGGCGGUUCGUUUUAUGCUGACUCCACCUGGCGGUCGUCUUCGCCGGAGCUGGAAGUGCCUGGUUUGUUUGGAUAUAGUCUUGGAGGUGGAGCUUCGGAUGAUAUGCCAAAAAACUCAGUUGGCUAUGUUGGUUAUAGUGUGACAAAUAGAUCAAAUAGAGGAAUUGCUGCCUAGGAAAAGGUAUCUGGAGAUGUGAAAAGUUAUGAAGAUUGGAGGAUUGAUUGUGAAUUUAUUAUAAAAAAAAAAGUUACAGCUGCGUGAGUGGGAGGUAAAUCAGUUUUUAGAACACCGUAAAUUUGGUUAGAGCUAAUCGAAGCACCUGUUUUAUACAACACAUUACACGAUUUGGUUCCUGUUU